AUGACUUCUGUCAUCAUUAAAUCAGAGAUAUCAAUCACCUCAUUUGCCGCCUCUGUGGGUAUUUGUGCAUCCACAUGGUGGCUUGAGGUAAUUCGGCUGCAGCGGAACCUGGAACGUCUGGACUGUCCAGCAGGUUUGAAGACACGUCCAAAGUGUAUAUUUAGUCGUGUUGUCUCAUCCGCACGUUCGAUAUCCGGCGCUACGGGGGAUCUGCGUCUCGAUCUUGGUUCCCAUCAGACUACUGAAGAUUUCUCACUACUCAUGCUGGAGGAUCGAACAGGCGUGUACAAGCUCUCCAAUGUGGUAAAUAUCAGCGUUAUCCUGGCCGUUACGGAGAAACUCGCCAUUGAGGUGGUCAAACCCAAUUUGUAUUUGGAGGAUCGCGUUUACUUCGUGCCAAGUGACGCCUUCAAGAAUCUUCUCAACAAACUGAACUCCGAAUCUUCUUCAGGGCUGGUGUUGGACUUCACUGAGGCCUCCCCGACCGGGGUAGGCUAUGGAAUUUUAGCCUUCGUUGUCCUUAAAAUUCUGAGUCUCACUAGCAUCACCAUCGCUGGGCUAAUUGACCUUAGAAACCAUGAAAAGCUCAUCUCGUUGGUGCAUAGGAUGCGUCCUGAUAAGUCAGUUCAUCCGUUUCUGAAAAUUGCUAUUCCGACUCUCCUCAUACUUUCCAGCGUUUCGGUCGUUCUUUUGGCCUAUUUCUUCUACGACAUAAUGGUGUACUUUUUCAUCUUCGUCUUUAUCUUUGCUGGCGCCUCUGCCAUGUCCUCCGUUACCACUACUCUCCUCUUCAUGAAAGUACCGGCCCUUGUGGGAUGGAUCAUGCAGGACAUAAUUGGUGUUUUUCUGGUCAUCCAAAUUCUCUCCGACAUUUCCAUCCUACUCUCUUUCAAGGCUAUCUGUAUCGGCUUCGCUGUCUUCGUGCUAUACGAUGUCUUCUUCGUCUUCAUAACUCCCUUUCUUGUUCGCUCUUUGAAAAUGACAGAGGUGGGGGCGUUAGGAACAAAACUAGCGGCGCCUUCAGGGAUCUUCAAUACGCAAGAGGUGUUGUCGCGUGGGCGUCGAAACAUCGCGGCGCCUGGUGACAGCAUUAUGGAAGCCGUAGCUACGGGCUCUGCGGGUUCCUCUGGUGAGCUGAUGCCCUUAGUCUUCAAGGUUUCCAUCACUGCCAUUACCGGUCGGCCAGGUGUGUGUCAGGGCGGUCUCGAUCAUGUACUCCUCGGCUUCGGCGAUGCUGUACUUCCAGGUGCUCUCUGUGUGUUCCUCGCCUUCUAUGAUGCUUGUUGGAAGCGGCGAGUCCCGUGGAACUUCUUGUCUUCGCUCCUAGGCUACAUCCUGGGCGGAGUGGUUGUCUCACUGGUUCUCUUUAUCACAAAGAUGGCGCAGCCUGCACUGCUCUACCUCUGUCCAUUCACCUUGGCGGUUACCGUUGUAAGCGCUUACAUGCGAGGCGGCGUCGUGGAAUUGCACAACCUCUGGACCACCAAUCUACCCGCUCCGUUACACGCCCUCAACGCCUCAGGGGAACAGUUAGGCGCCUCAAACAGCGUUGAUGGACCCCUGGUCUUACCAUCUGUAGUGAAAAUUGAUGGUGGUAGGGAUUGUGAAACCUAUCUGCUUGUUACGGUUGGUAAAGGUGGAGGUGGCGUUUUCUACUUCUCUACUGAAGUGUCAUUCUUCGGUGCCUCGGUUUUAGUCAAUCUUGAUACCCGUUUUGGUGUGCCAGUUAGGGACAGCGACGUUUGCCGCUAUGGUGGCUAA